AGCGAGCUAGACUGGCUACUUAGGAGAGCAUAGACGGCCACUUGAGCAGCGAGUCCGAGGAGGAGUACGAGAUGGAAGGAGACCAUAACACGCCCCAGGGGAUACCUCUCCAGGUUCCCCCAGUGAAUCAGAUCUUGGGGAACAACCCCAUACCCCAGGUAGAUGGGGUUCAGCAUCCACUACCACCACUGCCGGGUCCCACCUUGGAGUACUACUACACUCCACGAGUUGCUGAUAUCCGCCCUGUCAUCCUCUAUCCGCCCAUUCCAGCGAACAACUUCGAGAUCAAGUCGUGCUGGAUUCAACUCAUUACAUCCUCUAUCCAGUUUCAUGGCUUGAAGGAUGAGGAGGCAAGGGUGCAUCUUUCCCGUUUCCUACAGCUGGCGAACGGUUUCAAGGUGAAUGGUGUACCCGAUGAUGCAAUCCGCCUUCACCUCUUCCCCUAUUCUCUGGCGGGGCAUGCUAAGAGGUUGUUGGAGACCCAGCCCCCAUUGUCCAUCACUCCUUAGGACGAUCUGGCCAACAAGUUGGUGCACAGGUACUAUCCGGCAUCGAAGACCACAGAGAUCCAGCGGGAGAUCACUCACUUCCGCCAAGAGCCAGACGAGUCACUUCGUGAUGCAUGGGAGCGGUACAUGAGAUUUUUCUGGCAGUGUCCCCAUCAUGGCUUCAGUGAUGCAUUCACCAUGGGGAACUUCUACAGUGCUCUCUCUCCGGAAAGCUAGAGGGUGAUUGAGUCUCUAUGCCCAGGAGGGGAUAUUCUUACUAA